AUAACCUUACGCGCACAAACACAAUUAUUCCGUCCGUUAGCCACUUUAGACAGCUCACACACAGCGUGCUGAAAAUCCCCUGUUUUGGGCAUCACCACCUUCUCCGAAAACACCCAAAUCCACACCCACGCACAUACGCCAUAUAUAUAUAUAGACAUAUCCAAUCGAUCAAGCCAGGAUCAAAUCCGAAUACAACAUCAAAUUUCUCUCUUCUCAUCUCUCUCUAUCUCUAUCAAAUAAAUUUGAAUGGCUUCGGCGAAAUUCACUGUUCUGUCACUUUUGGUAACUUUGGUCUGUUUUGCGAGCCUCUCCGAAGGUAAUUUCUACGAGGAUGCGGAAAUAACAUGGGGUGAUGGCCGUGCCAAGAUACUCGAAGGCGGGCGUGAACUAUCUCUUUCCCUCGACCAAAACUCGGGCUCCGGAUUCCAAUCGAAGAACGAGUAUUUGUUCGGAAGGUUUGAUAUGCAGCUCAAACUCGUCCCAGGAAACUCUGCCGGCACUGUCACCACAUUCUUCUUGUCGUCUCAAGGGGCAGGGCACGACGAGAUAGACUUUGAGUUUCUUGGGAAUUCAAGCGGUGAGCCUUACACAUUGCACACAAAUGUAUACUCAAAGGGCAAAGGAGACAAGGAACAACAGUUCCAUCUCUGGUUCGACCCCACUGCCGCAUUCCACACAUACUCAAUCGUCUGGAAUCCUCAGCGCAUAAUAUUCUUGGUAGACAACAGUCCGAUUAGAGUUUACAACAACCACGAAUCGAGUGGGGUACCUUUUCCCAAUAGCAAGGCGAUGAGAGUGUACUGCAGUUUGUGGAAUGCAGAUGAAUGGGCUACUCAAGGAGGCCGGGUCAAGACAGACUGGACAAAGGCUCCCUUUGUGGCAAACUACAGAAAUUUCAAGAUUGAAGGCGGUGCACAAUCUCAGGCACCGGAGCUCGAUGCUAAUGGGAGAAAGAGAUUGAGAUGGGUUCAACAGAGGCACAUGGUCUACAACUAUUGCACAGAUAAUCGGAGGUUUCCUCAGGGAGCUUCUGUUGAGUGCAAGAACUCAAGGUUCUGAGUUAUAAGCCACGCCUUUAAUCAAUUAUCAAGGAUGUUAUGAUUUUUUGACUACAUAGUUGAUGUAUUUUUUUAUUCUUUAUUUUUUGUUCCAUUCUUUUAUAUAUUGUUUGAUUCAAUGUAAAGAUGUCAGAAGAAUGAAAGUUUUGAUACAAGUUCAUCCUUUCACUUUUUCGAUUCAGAAGACUUUAUUUGUAAACUUUUGCAUGCUUCAUCAGAAAAUUUUGAUUAUGUGAAAAUAGUCAAGGCAAUAGUAACUAAGUGGAUAAUUCACCAAUGUUAAUCACAAAUUCCCUGCAUUUCAUUGACGAUUGAUGGUCCUAAGGUACAUAUUAU